GAGUCCAAAUUCAGUUGAUAUAAGUCCAUCGAUAGAGAUAACAGGAAAAACAUUUGGUCGCUAGAAAUCAUGAAGAAACAUUGUAGCUUUGUUUUGCACUCUCAAAUUGUGAUUUUCUUGAUCUUGUUUGUAGGUGUGAAUUCUCAGCUAACACCUGAUUUCUACUCAAAAACAUGUCCAAAUCUCCUUAGAGUUGUUCGUAAAGAAGUUCAAAAUGCUAUCAAGAAUGAAAUGAGAAUGGCUGCUUCUUUGCUUCGUCUUCACUUUCAUGAUUGCUUCGUCAGUGGUUGUGAUGCCUCAUUGCUGUUGGAUGGAAAUAGUACCACAAGUGAGAAGUUCACUCCAGCCAACUUGAACUCAGCAAGGGGUUUUGAAGUACUAGACAAUAUAAAAACUGCUGUUGAGAAUGCAUGCAGUGGAGUUGUUUCUUGUGCAGAUAUAAUUGCUAUAGCUGCAAGGGAUUCAGUUCUAUUGAGUGGAGGGCCAUUUUGGAAGGUGUUGUUAGGGAGAAGGGAUGGAUUAGCUGCUAAUUUUUCUGGAUCAAGCACUGCGCUUCCAGCACCUUUUGAUCCCCUGAAUACAAUCAUCUCCAAAUUUAAGGCAGUUGGAUUAAACAUAACAGAUGUUGUGAGCCUAUCAGGUUCUCAUACAAUUGGAUUAGCAAGGUGUACAAGCUUUGACAGCAGAUUAAGAAACUUCAAUGGGACAAGUUCACCAGACACAACCUUAGACACGACCUUAGUGAGUGAACUCCAAAAUGUGUGUCCAUCCACAAGUGAUGGAAAUAACACAGCCCCACUUGAUAGAAACUCCACAGACUUAUUUGACAAUCAUUAUUUCAAGAAUUUGCUCAUUGGAAGAGGCCUUCUUGAAUCAGACCAAAUCUUGUUCUCAAGUAAUGAUGCCAUAGCAACAACAAAACCCAUAGUUGAAACUUAUAGUAAUAACUCUAAGCUUUUCUUUAAUGACUUUGCUAAUUCCAUGAUUAAGAUGGGAAAUAUUAGCCCUCUAACUGGAUCAGAUGGUGAGGUCAGGAAGAACUGUAGGGUUGUUAAUUAACCUAAAUAUUAGUAUGGUGUAUGUUAUUAUAAUCCUUCAAAAAAUGCUACCGCACUCAUGUCGAAUCUUCAACAACACAUACUUGGCAGCAUUUUUUUA